GAAACAGCGUCUGCACCGUUAUAUUCACCGUCACACCGGCAGGACACGGGGCUUCUUCACCGUCCUCCUGAGGCGUUUUACAACCAAACACUUAAAAGAUGUUUCUCAGUUAUCUGCAUGUCGUGUUUCUCCUGGGCGCUGUCGUCAAAGGAAUGACAACAACAGAUUCCAUCACGACUAAUGUCACCACCGAAGAGAUAUCCACCACUCCUGCAACUUCCUACAUGAAUGUAACUGCAAGCUCAAAUACAAGCAGCAAUCAGUCAACCAGCAGUUUUCCAACUUCACCGCUAUCGACCACAGAGCCCUUCACAGCCUCAGUAGCUACAACAACUAUAGAAAGUGCCACAGCAGAAUCUACAACUCUAAAACCGUCCACCACCAAAGGAGAGACGACAUUCUCCCAGUCCAGCACUGAGUCCAGGAACACUACAGCAGCAGUCAACACCACCGGCAGCUUCACCACUGGCAGCCCAACUGACUCGCCAUCAGCUCCAACCAGCGGUACAACGCUGUCCACUGCAAUCCCAGAGACAAGCCAACCCACCAUCACUAGUGAGACUACAAAUACAGCCACCACACCUGCUCCAGAUCACACACUGACUCCAACUACACCGAUCACACACACAAGCAACGACACAUCUACCAUUACACCAAUCACAAGCAACGACACAACUACCAUUACACCAAUCACUAGCAACGACACAUCUACCAUUACACCAAUCACAAGCAACGACACAACUACCAUUACACCGAUCACAAGCAACGACACAACUACCAUUACACCAAUCACCAGCAACGACACAUCUACCAUUACACCGAUCACAAGCAACGACACAACUACCAUUACACCAAUCACCAGCAACGACACAUCUACCAUUACACCGAUCACAAGCAACGACACAUCUACCAUUACACCAAUCACAAGCAACGACACAUCUACCAUUACACCAAUCACAAGCAACGACACAACUACCAUUACACCAAUCACAAGCAACGACACAUCUACCAUUACACCAAUCACAAGCAACGACACAUCUACCAUUACACCAAUCACAAGCAACGACACAUCUACCAUUACACCAAUCACAAGCAACGACACAACUACCAUUACACCAAUCACAAGCAACGAUACAUCUACCAUUACACCAAUCACAAGCAACGACACAUCUACCAUUACACCAAUCACAAGCAACGACACAUCUACCAUUACACCAAUCACAAGCAACGACACAUCUACCAUUACACCAAUCACAAGCAACGACACAUCUACCAUUACACCAAAUACAAGCAACGACACAUCUACCAUUACACCAAUCACAAGCAACGACACAUCUACCAUUACACCAAUCACAAGCAACGACACAUCUACCAUUACACCAAUCACAAGCAACGACACAACUACCAUUACACCAAUCACAAGCAACGACACAUCUGCCAUUACACCAAUCACAAGCAACGACACAUCUACCAUUACACCGAUCACAAGCAACGACACAACUACCAUUACACCAAUCACAAGCAACGACACAUCUACAAUCACACCGACUACACAGUCCAACAACAACACAACCUUCAUUACAGCCACGACACAGCCCAGCAACAUCACAACAACUCCAGCAACCACACAAACCAGCAACGGCACAGCAAGUUCAACUACAGUAACUCCAGAAAACUCUACAGCUGUACUAACUACAACUACACUAAUAAACUCUACUAACACCUCUCCUGAGAGUCCUGCACCCACCAUCACACCCUCAUCCUCCACUAACACCUCAAACCCAACCCUAACACCUGGAACCCCACCCUCUUCCACUACCUCCAUCUCCAGCUCUCUCCCUGCAAGUAAUAGCACUGCUCCCACCACCGGAAAUACCACCACCCUUACUCCCUCAACAACAACCUCAGGAGUGACCGGCCACACCACUGUGGUUCAUUCAACUGAACCAUCUAGUGGCAGUACAACAGCCUCAUCCACCACCAUCACUGGCACCAGCCUGCGACCAACAGAAAUCACCACCAACAACUCCACCACAGCAGCCCCACCCAUCCCUCCAGUCAAAGUUUGUCCUUUCGUCCCGUGCCCACUUCAAAGCGUGUGUCUUAAUGGCACUUGCCAGUGUCUCUCUGGCAGCUACCUGGUGAAUGACCGCUGUGUACAGGCCCAAGUGUUCCCAGGCCAGCUUCAUCUCACAUCCUUGACAUUCACAAGUGAAAUGAGCAACAGGUCCUCUGUAAUAUUCCAGAAGACAGCGGCUCAAAUCUCAGCAUCGCUCAGAGAUGCCCUCAAAAACCAGCAGGGCUAUAAACAGUCUGAUGUUGUGCAACUUGAACCGGGAAGUGUGCAAGCAACUGUAAAUAACAUAUUUGAAAACACCAACACAAAUGAAACGUCUGUUGAUGAGGCCAUUCAGAAGGCUAUAGAGAACUCAGCAAAUCCAUUGUUGGCUGAUGCUACAUUUAGAGCUACAGACCUGUGUAUGCAGCAGCCAUUACCCUGUGAUGUCUCCACUACAUUGUGCACAAAUAGAAAUGGCCGGCCUGUUUGUUCCUGUAAAGAAGGCUUCAUCUCUAUCCUGUACUCAAACAGCACCUGCAAAGCGUGUCCAAGUGGGCAAAGGGCAGCGGGAGACACGUGUGAACCAUGUGCAUUUGGUUAUGCUGGCUUCAACUGCAAUGACUCCGCUCUGCUGGCAGUGGUGGUCAUCUCCUGUGUGCUGGGAGGAGUUCUUCUCAUCCUUGUGCUGGCUUUGCUCAUAUACUGCUGCUGGAGAGGAUGCUCAAUGAGCAAGCCAGACUACAACAGCAGUCCAUACUCAUCAGGUGACGUAAACCAGCCCUGGCCCACUGGCGUCACCUCCAUCCCCCGGGCCACCACUAACUGGGAUGCAGCUCCUCCCAUAGAAAUGACAGAUGGGGGCAGCACUCGUGUCCUGGUGGACAAAAAGCAUGAAACCAACGGAUUGGGGUUUCAUCCGAAGCAGAUAGGAUGGAAAAGGUCGGGAUCAUACGAUGUCAACCCAGAGGGGAUGAACACCUUCAAAGGUAAAAAUCCAUCCCGUUACUCCUAUCUGGUUCAAGGACACGAGAACCCCUACUUCUUAGCAGGAGAAGGCAAGAAAAACUGAUGGGAUCAACCAGAAGCCACUGGUUUUAAACUCUGGGUCUACAGGCUCAUCUCCUGAGCAGGACCCGGUUAUUUAUACUUUCUUGAAUUUGCUUUGAUUAAGGACAUUUUCUAACUGGGAAACAGCCACCAAAGGUUUUCAUUCAUACGAGCAAGAACAUUUGAACAACUUCUUUUUGCGUGUUCUUCGGGAGAGCUAAAUGUUGCUGAUCAUGACCAGUAGAUGUCGCUGUUGCUCAGUGUCAUUCUCCUACUGUUUUAGAAGGUACGUUACAUUUUUCUUAUGCUUUUUAUUAAGAAAUCCUCCUGUAGUCUUUUUAAAUGAAGCUUCUUAUAUUUCUUAUUGCACUAAAGUGUCUGUUAAGUUUACUCUGAAAUCUAAGGUGAAUGUGGGCUUUUAGAUAUUUUUAUGAGGGGUAUGAUGGUUUUUUUAGAAAAGUAAAUUUUGUACGACUAAAGGGGCUGGAUCCCUUGUUCGGGGUGUUUUUAAAGGGAUUUAACUUUAGCUGUCUAAAGCUGAAUAUUCUCUGUAUUUGUUGAAGCUGCACUUGCUAAAUGUGCCUGUUUUUAAUCGUCUGUUUGACAAACAGGAACCUGUCUCCUAGAUGUGCCAAUUAUCAGUUGUAUACAUUUAUAUAUAUUUAUCCUUGUGUGUCUGAGACAGUGCACUCUUUUAUAAGUGUGUAACGGUUUUGUAAAUAAUUGAAGAUCUUUUGUCACAGAAUGUGUAUGUGCGGCGU